AUGAAAUACUACUCUCACUAUAGAAUGCGCGAUCACUAUUGGCGUCAAUACGAGAAAAUCUGCCAUCGUUGCCUUGUUAAUUAUGACUUCAUUGGUAAGCUGGAGACUUUGUCAGAGGACGGUCCAUCUCUACUAAAAAUGGCGGGCAUCCGUGACCGAGUAGCUUUCCCGCCAAUCCACCAACAUACAAGAGGCGAUGAGGUUCUGAAGUAUUGCUCUAAGUUUCCGCCUGACGACACCAAGCAGAUUGGAGAACUGUAUUUUAGCAAUUUUGCGAUGUUUGGAUACGAGUUUCUGGGCCCUGUGAAGUCAAAUGUGAAAAACUCUUGA